AUGACCUUGACGAAGAUCAAUUUCAUCACGGGCAACAAGAACAAGCUCACCGAGGUGCGUGCCAUCCUCGGCAGCGUCAUCGAAGUCGACAACCAGGCCGUGGACGUGCCUGAAAUCCAGGGCACGAUCGAAGAGAUCGCGAAGGAAAAGGCGCGGCGCGCCGCCGAAGCGGUAAGCCUAAUGUGCCUGUUGCUGCAACGGGCUUGUGAGCCAGUCGUUCCGAAAGAGGUCUCACUGACUGCCCACGCGUUAGAUCAAUGGGCCGGCGUUGACGGAGGAUACGGCGCUGGAAUUCCACGCGCUGAAGAGUCUCCCGGGGCCUCCCUGGGCCAUGAGGGCCUAAACAAGAUGCUUGAUGGCUUCGACGACCGCACCGCGGAAGCCGUGUGCACGUUCGCCUUCUGCCGGGGUCCUGGUGAGGAGCCUAUCCUGUUCCAGGGACGGACAGUGCUUGGAUCUGAUGAACAUGCACAGGGAUCUAUUGUGCGGCCGCGUGGCCCGACGAACUUUGGCUGGGACCCGAUCUUCGAGUACGAAGGCCAAACGUACGCAGAGAUGGAGAAAGAGGCCAAGAACCGGAUUUCGCACCGGUACAAGGCGCUGGUGAAAUUCCAGCAGUGGCUGGCAGAAGGCCAGCAGUAA